CGGAUCAGGCAGUUCUUGUGGCGGGGGUGGCUCUCGGAUUUAAGGUCGUCCCAGGUCCCUGUUUUUGACCUGUCGGUCCAGGAUGGACUCCGAGGAGGACGCCGCACCAUUGGCGAUGGCUACAGGGCCGUCCGCGGAACGGCUUCAGUUUCAGGAGCCGGUGACCUUCCGGGACGUGGCUGUGGACUUCACCCAGGAGGAGUGGGGGCAACUGGGCCCUGCCCAGAGGACCCUGUACCGUGACGUGAUGCUGGAGACCUUUGGGCACCUGCGGUCUGUGGGGCCUGAGCUUCCCAAACCCGAAGUCAUCUCCCAGCUAGAGCAAGGAGCUGAGCUGUGGGUGGCGGAUAGAGGAAUCACCCAGGGCUGCUGUCCAGGCUGGGAACAUGGGCUUGAAGGUCAAGCAGCACUCACACAACAGAGCCUUCCUGAGGGGGAGGCAUCCCCUGUCACAGAGAAGGGGGCCUUCCUGAGGGAUGUUCCCUGUCCUGCCACACUGGGGGAAGACUGGAACCAUGAGGGCCAGGUAAAGGCACCUGAGAAGAACCAAUUGGAAUGUUGCCUCAAGAAAGCACCAAUUCAAGAUGGAAGCCACGAAAGUCUCAGACUUGUAGAAAAUCAUGUGCUGAGUUCAAACGCAUUCCCAGAGGUUUCUGGGAGAGGAUAUUUCUGGACUCACAAAUCACAGGUUACAAAUUCGGAAAGUGACUCCAGCUUAGUGGGUCAGCACGCUGGCUCCUCAGGAGAAUGGCCACGUGACAGCAGCUGCAGCUCAGCCUCCCGCCAGGCCGUUGCAGGUAUGGAGCUCACGCAGAGCCUGGUGCGGGAGAAGCCCUACAAGUGCACGGACUGCGGGAAGGCCUUCAGCCACAAUGCACACCUCACAGUGCACAGGCGCAUACACACAGGCGAGCGGCCCUACGUGUGCAGAGAGUGCGGCAAGGCCUUCAGCCAGAACUCCUCGCUGGUGCAGCACGAGCGCAUCCACACGGGCCACAAGCCCUAUAAGUGCGCUGAGUGUGGCAAGUGCUUCUGCCACAGCACGCACCUCACCGUGCACCGCAGGAUUCAUACUGGUGAGAAACCUUACGAGUGCCAGGACUGCGGGCGCGCCUUUAACCAGAACUCCUCCCUUGGCCGGCACAGGCGCACACACACAGGCGAGAGGCCAUACUCCUGCAGCGUGUGCGGGAAGGCCUUCUCGCGGACCACGUGUCUGUUCCUGCACCUGAGGACGCACACAGAGGAGCGCCCCUACGAGUGCAACCACUGUGGCAAGGGCUUCAGGCACAGCUCCUCCCUGGCCCAGCACCAGCGCAAGCAUGCCGGUGAGCAGCCCUACGAGUGCCGCCAGAGGCUGGUCUUUGAGCAUACGGCUGCACUGACCCAGCACGAGUGGGCAGAUGCCCUAGGCUGCAACCCAGCUUUGAAUCCCAGUGACAGUGCUCAUCGGAGUGACAGGCCCUUCAAGUGCAGUCAGUGUGGGAAGUGUUUCAUUCAGAGCUCACACCUCAUCCGGCACCAGGUAACUCACACAAGGGAGGAGCCCCAUAGCGGGAACUGGCAGCGGGAGCAGCCCCGUGGCCGGGGCUCGCAUCAGCACAUGUGCCCAGGCGAGACUCCUGGGGGCGGGACAAAGGCCAGACAGCCUGCAAGCAGGGCGCUUGCCCUAUUUGACAUCCACAAAAUCAUUCAAGAGAAAAGCCCAGUGCAUGUUAUUGGGGUAGAAGAACCUUCUGUGGGCACUUCCGUAUUAUUUGACAUCAGAGACUCCACAUAGGAGAGAAUGUCUACAGAUGACUUUGAACCACAGGUACAAAAAUUUGAUGCUGUGAGUGCCACAACAAUGGGGUUUCUGUGGUGGCAGAACUGGCUUUGCAGCUCAUCUCCAGGUUCUGUCUACGAGAUCCUCUCGAAGUCCCAGGUGUGUUUUUGUGGUCCCAACUUCCCUCUGGGGUUGUCCUCGCAUAUCUCCCUUGUCAGCCCUUACUUUUCAUAGCUCUGUCCUCACACCUCGGCCACAUCACCUUCCAUUUCAUUCUUGGCAGAUAGCCUUCCAUUUGCAUUGCUAAGAAAAGGUGUUUUUUCAGACAGACAGGGCUUCAGUGAUGGUUCUGUGAGGUAGUAUUAUUCUAUAUAUAAGGAAGAUAAAGCAUGGGACAAAAGUACACAGUAACUAGAACAAAAGUAACCAUCCCGAGGUUACACAGCCAGGAGGUGGAGAUACAACUUGAAGUCAACACCCAGUUAACAGUGGCUUUAAACAAAUAAGGUUUUCUGUGAAGGUUGUCCCUGCAGCACCUCAGCUACUUCAGAGGCAGUGUUUUCUGCAGCUCUUGCAACCUUUCCCUCAGUUGCAGUGAGGCUACUGUGGCCUCUGCUAUUGCAUCCAAAUCAAGACUGGAAGGGGGGGAAGGUCAGGCCAAUGCUAAUCUCUGAUGAGGUUUCAAAGAAAAGGCUGCCCCAGAAGCCUCCAGCAAAUGCCCACUUAUGGCCCAGAUGGGGUCACACGGCCACCCCUAGUAACAUAGGGAUUUGAAGAGCUAGUAUUUAACUUUCACAACCUCUGUGGCAGGGACCUGUACCCUGAGAAAGGGGCUUGGGAAGUGGGUAAUGGGUCGGCAACCAGCAGCAUCUGCCACCUAUCUCCUCCAGUCUUGCCAGGCUCCCUGUUGCUUGAUCAGGCGCCACUUACUCUCAGCCCCAUCACUUCGUCUCCUGGAUUGUCCAGCCUGAUGGCAGGGCCCUCCCCAUCGCAAUGCCCAGUGCCCGGUAUUCUGGGAUCCUGCCCUCUUCUGGAUCCCUUCCACCUCUUGAGGGCCUUCUUGUCCUCCCCCUCACCUCUUAAAUGUUGGGGUCCCCAGGACAGUGCCUGGGAGACCCACCUUGUACUCCAUACCCUCCCCAGAUGUCCUCAUCUACACCCAUGUCUUUAUGCUGCUCACUGCCAAAUCUUCGCCUCUGGUGCUGAGUUCUGAGCUUCAGGCUGAACAGAAAUGUGUGCUGCUGGGCAGCUCAAACCAGUCACCCUUACCCCAGUCCCUUUCAUGGGUACGUCGCCACCACCAUCCCAUCCCUAGAGCCAGAAGGUAGGUAUCCUGUUGGCCUCUGUGGCCUCCCUUUGUAUCUACUUUGUGGGCCUACCUCUAAAGCCUUACCACCUAAACGUCCACUCCCCACCUCAUCCUGUCUUUACUAUCACCACCACCAGUGCUGGACAGCCCUGAGAGAAGUGACAGGUCACCAAGUGGCCCAGCCACCAAAGUCCCACUUUUGACUGUUCCUUUUCACUCCCCAUCAGUGGUAUGGGGUGCAGACUCAGGAAUGCUUCAGAUACCAGUGCCCUCUGGGAAGCAGAGACCUGGCUGUGACUUAAUGGUUCUAGACGGCUCCAGAAGCUGGGCCUGAGAUUGCCCCGUUCCCUCCCUUCACCUGGGCUUUGAAAUGGCAGCCCCUGAAGGGUCAUGUUUUCAUGGUUUUCAGAAUGGACGCUGGGUGAGCUGAGGUCACAGUGGCCUCGCUGAGUAAGCUGGGAACCAGCUUGUCACUGUUGGCACACGCCUCCCUGCCCUGGGCAGCAAACAUCUUGGCAAAUUUUCAAUUUCUUAUUUCGCAUCACAUUUUAUAGGCAUAAUGCUCCUACUGAUUUCCUCAUAGAUAUUUGUAAACAGGCAGAUAAGAAACUCCUCGGGAAAUUAUAAGCUAGUGAAAAUACAUGGUUUCAUUAGUUUAUAAAAGUAAUGCAAAUUCUUUGUUAGCAAAACCUGGAAAGUGUACAAAAGUAAAAGAAUAUACAAAAGUAUGAAGAUUAUUUAAAAUUUAAUUCUUCAUACUUCUACCAUCCCUAGAUGGUCAUUACCAUUAAGAUUUUGUUAAUUGUCCUUGUAAUUAUUUUCUUUAAAAUAUGUAUGUAUACAUAUAGUGUAACAGUAAACCUUAUACACACAAAAUACAUGUAUAUGUAGUUAUGAUUAGAAAAUUGGACUCCCUCCUGAGUCUCUUGUAACAUGUGCUUCUUACUAUAUUUUGAGCAUUUUUCUCUGACAGUGAAUUUCAUGUAGCUUUUUAAAUUACCUUUUAGGAGGACUGUGGCAAUGUGCCCUCCACCCAGCAUUUUACCAGCCUUUUAUCCAAAAGGAGGAGGAGACUUUUGUACAGUUUCAGGAGGAAUAUGCAUUGAUACAGCCUCUGUGGAGGGUGGCUUAUCAGUUGCUAGCUAACUUACAAACAGAAACCCUUUGUCUCAGCAAAUCUGUUUCUGGGCAUGGAUCCUACAGGUAUUUGUAUGCAUGCAGACUGUUUGUACAUGGUUUUCACUACAGUGUUGAUUUCAAAAGUGAAAAUUUGGAACCAACCUCAGUGGCCACAAUGGGGAACUAGCUAAGUGACUUAUGGUGUGGAAUGGAGAACGACACAGACUUAAAAAUGGAGACUGUCUUUAUGUACUAAUGUGGGAAGAGUUCCAAGAUACAGUGUUAAGUGAAAAAGUGUAAACUGUGUGUAGUAUGUUUCCCAUUUGUGUAAAGAGGAAACAUUUGCUUACACACACACACACACACACACACACACACACACGCGCGCGCGACAUGAAAAUCUACAAAGUAACAAUUGUUCUUAGGGAGGAGAAAUGGAAAGGGAUGAGGAAUAAUUUUCAGCCUAUAUCUUUAUUUUAUUAAAGAUUUUAUUGGGGAAUUGGGGAAGGGGAACAGACAAGUUGCUGUCGU